CAUGGGCCCGCCGCUCUGAGCAGCCGGGGGUGCCCGGCGCGCGAGCCUCGGACGCGGGCGGGACAUGUGAUCAUGGACAGCCGGACCAAGGAAAAUCCAGAAAGAACCUUUGACUUGGUAUUAAAAGUAAAAUGUCAUGCCUCUGAAAACGAAGAUCCUGUGAUAUUGUGGAAAUACCCAGAAGAUUUUGGAGACCAGGAAGUCCUACAGAGUGUGCCGAAGUUUUGUUUCCCCUUUGACAUCGAAAGAGUGUCACAAAAUCAAGUUGGGCAGCACUUUACCUUUGUACUGACAGACAUUGAAAGUAAACAGAGAUUUGGAUUUUGCAGACUCACAUCCGGAGGCAAAAUCUGCUUAUGCAUUCUAAGUUACCUACCGUGGUUUGAAGUAUAUUACAAACUUCUAAAUACUUUAGCAGAUUACUUGGCUAAGGAACUGGAGAGUGAUUUGAAUGAAACUCUCAAAUCACUAUACAACCACCCAGUACCAAAGUCAAACACUCCUGUCAAUUUGAGUGUGCAUUCCUACUUCAUUGCACCUGAUGUAACUGGACUCCCAACAAUACCUGAGAGUAGAAAUCUAACAGAAUACUUUGUUGCUGUGGAUGUGAACAAUAUGCUGCAACUGUAUGCCUGCAUGCUACACGAAAGGCGCAUCAUCAUUACCUCCAGUAAAUUAAGCACUUUAACUGCCUGUCUUCAUGGAUCGGUUGCUCUGCUCUACCCCAUGUAUUGGCAACACAUUUACAUCCCAGUGCUGCCGCCGCACCUACUGGACUACUGCUGUGCUCCAAUGCCAUACCUGAUUGGAAUACACUGCAGCCUCAUAGAGAGAGUGAAAAACAAAUCGCUGGAGGAUGUAGUCAUGUUAAAUGUCGAUACAAAUACCUUAGAAUCGCCAUUUAAUGACUUGAACAAUCUGCCCAGUGAUGUGGUCUCGGCCCUGAAAAAUAAACUGAAGAAGCAGUCUACAGCUACGGGGGACGGAGUCGCUCGGGCCUUUCUUAGGGCACAGGCAGCUUUGUUUGGAUCCUACAGAGAUGCACUGAGAUACAAACCUGGUGAACCUGUCACUUUCUGUGAGGAGAGUUUCGUAAAGCACCGCUCAAGUCUGAUGAAACAGUUCUUGGAAACUGCAGUUAACCUCCAACUUUUUAAGCAGUUCAUUGAUGGUCGACUGGCAAAAAUAAAUGCAGGAAGAGGAUUCUCUGAUGCAUUUGAAGAAGAGAUCACUUCAGGUGGCUUUUGUGGAGGAGGAAAUCCACGAUCAUAUCAACAGUGGGUGCAUACAGUCAAGAAGGGAGGUGCUCUGUUCAACUCUGCAAUGACCAAAGCAAGUCCUGCUGUGCGAACAGCAUAUAAAUAUGCAAAAAAUCAUGCCAAACAAGGAAUAAAGGAAGUGAAGAGUAAGCUAAAACACAAGGAAAAUGAUGAUGACUAUGGUACCUGUUCUGGUUCUGUCCAGUACACACCAGUGUACACAUUACAUAAUGAAAAGGGAAGAGACCUAGAAAAACACCAACUCUCCCAGGCAAUCACAAAAAAAACUCAGAAGAGCCUUGAUGGUGUGUAUGGUGAAGAUGAUGAUGACAUGGAGAGAGCAAGCAAGUUGUCUUCUGAAGAUGGAGAAGAAGGUACCUCUUAUUUUUAUGAAAGUGAUGACUCUAUUGAAACCAGAGUAAAGACUCCUUACUCAGGUGAAAUGGACUUAUUAGGAGAGAUCCUUGAUACACUGAGCAUACACAGCUCAGAUCAGGGAAAGCUGGCAGCAGCCAAGAGCUUGGAUUUUUUUAGAUCAAUGGAAGAUAUUGAUUAUAAACCUACGAAUAAAUCCAACGCCCCUAGUGAGAAUAAUCUGGCCCUGCUCUGCAGUGGUUCCGGAGACCAAGGAAAGUGGCACCGUGGGCAGGACGACAGCGCCCUACUAGGCCCACAUCUGCCUCCAUCUCCCCGGAAGCGGGUCUCCUCUAGUGGUUUGACGGAGUCUUUGUUCAUGCUCAAAGAAGAGAACAAUGAAAAGAGCCUCAGCGCUGACAAUGUGAACAGCCUGGCGAGGAAGGCAGCAGCUUCCUCUCUGGGAGAGGCUUUCCAGCCAGCUUUGCCCCGAGUUUCCCAGGAGACCCAAGCGAAAGCAGAGCAGAAGGAAACACUAAGCCGGAUUUCAGACGAGGCGCCCACACCCAGCCUGGGGCAGCGCCCCUCGACUUGUGUUCCUUGGGAAAAGGAAGAGUCACAAGACGCAGACACUUCCGAGACUGCUGGGCUGCUUCAGGAGGUAGCAUUCCUGUGUCACCUAGCCCCUGCCUGCCAGCAGGACUCACACACAUCCGCAAAGGACACAAGUGAAAAUCAAGCUUAAUCCAGCAAUGAAGUUAGGUACUUGCAUCCAAGCUUCGAUGGAGAUAACUUUAGGCUUCUAUGUAAUCUUUACAGUAAACAGAUUAUUUGUAGGAAUGAUCGUGCUUACUGUCGUUUUCAGAAUUCUUUUUCAUUUGAGACAUCAUUUCCCUGAUUCAGUCAUCUCGUGAUAUGUAUGAAAAUAAUUUACAUUGAUUUUCACAUGUAAAGCUGAUGCUUCAAUGUUCCCUUCAACCAGGUACGAGAAAAUAUGUAUGUUGGAAGUCUGUAUUGAUCAUCUGAUAUCCCAGUAUUUGGUGCUUAAUGCCAUUCAUUUUAUUUAAACUAAGUAUGCAUAUACAACCCCUUCAUAUAUCUGUUAGCUACAGUAUUAAUCUAGUUGAGCAUGAAAUCAUCAAGAUACCAAAACUUAUCGGAACUAGCCUGAAACUGUUAACCCACUAAUUGCCUUAAUUUAUUAAAUGAAUUUACUUAUAUUGAUGAAUAAGUUUUGUUCUGCAGAGCAAUAAUGCCUUUUUUUAUUUGUUGAAUCAAGGACAAAAAUCAUAUUUUUUCCAAGGUGAAAAGCUCUCUGUUUCUCCAUGGAAGGUACUAACUUAGCCUCUAUUUGUGAGCCAUACAUAUGAAGUACUCUAUUGCA